UCAGACCAUGGCAGACAGAGACUGGGGAAACCAAACAGCCAUCAAAGAAUUCAUCCUUCUGGGAUUCGGGGAUCUCCCUGACCUGCAAAUUCUUCUCUUCCUGAUGUUCCAAGUGAUCUACAUGGCAACCGUGGCUGGGAACACCCUCAUUGUGAUGCUCAUUGUGGCUGAUCAGCACCUUCACACACCCAUGUAUUUCUUCCUGAACAACCUGUCCUGCUUGGAGACCUGUUACAUCUCAACCAUCCUUCGGUUGCUGGCCAGUCUCCAGACUGGGGACAAAACCAUCUCAGUCAGUGGCUACAUCAUACAACUGUAUUUCUGUGGUUCUCUGGGAUGUACAGAAUGCUAUCUCCUAGCAGCAAUGUCUUAUGGUCGGUAUUUAGAAAUAUGUAAACCCCUGCACUAUUCAACUCUUAUGAAUAGCAGGUUUUGCCUUCAGUUGGCAGCUGGGUCAUUGUUAAAUUGUUUUUUGGCUAUUACCAUAUUUGUCUUAUUCCUAUUGCAGUUAAUAUUCUGUGGCCCAAAUGAAAUUGACCAUUUCUAUUGUGAUGCCAUCCCACUGAUGGAAUUGUCCUGGAGUGAUGCCCAGCUGGUCAUACUGCUGGCUUUCAUACUAGCCUGUGUAUUCACCCUGCCUCCAUUUCUCCUAACCCUGACAUCCUAUGUUUGUAUCAUCACCACCAUCCUGAGAAUCCCUUCCACCACUGGGAGGCAAAAGGCCUUUUCCACCUGCUCCUUUCACCUCAUUGUGGUGACAAUUUUCUAUGGCUCCAUAAAGACUGUGUAUCUGCUACCAAAAUGUGAUACACUGAAAGACUUGAACAAAGUGGUGUUUCUUUGCUACACUGUCCUGACUCCCCUGGUAAACCCCCUCAUCUACAGCCUGAGAAACAGAGAGGUCAAGGAAGCCUUGUGCAAAGCGGUCAGUAAAUGUGGCUUUCACAACAACGUGCAGAUACACCUACAUAAUAAUGUAACGUGA